AUGAGUGAUCAACUUGGUCCCCAAGAGUUGCCAGCUCAGACUCAUGAGCCAUCAUCGAAGGAAGGGUUGGAAUUCGUUCAGGAUGGGUACUUUCGACAUUCCGAUAUCGUAUUCAAAUAUUUAGACAAGCUGAGUCCAUUGCAUGCCCAAGCGAUGGGGCAACUGAUCAACGGUCACGCUCUUUGUCAUCCGAGUCAUCCUCUUCGAACUCCUGGUGAUGGUGGUUUGACACUCUACGUAGGUACUGACGUACUCGGGAAGCCCCGACUGCUAUGGAAGAUCCAGCAACUUCAGUAUCUCCAAUACUACAUACAUGAGAUGCGACUUACUACACCUUCCUGGAUCGAAUACCAUUUGAAACGAGCCGAACUUCUGGCUGAGGAAGCAGGGGAGGAAAAACUUGUCAAGCUGGAAUCACCUUCACUUGAAGAAGGGAAGGAUGACUGGGUACCUCUACCUAGCUAUCCAUGUAGAGCUAGCGAUAUGGUCACCAUCCAACCCAUCAAAAUCGUUUCUUCGGGAUUCCUGAAAGAACUUUCGAAGCAAGUAACUAAAGACGGUAAGACCGUUGAGAGAUAUAGAAGACAAGGUAUACCCAUUCCUACGUUCGAUCCCCACAGGUACGAAGCUCUUAGAGACAACUUCACGGAAGGACCUGGAUUGAGGAGAGGUCCUGAGAAGUCGGUGAAGAGUGAUGUGGCUCGACAAGAGGCUGCAGAUGGAACUGGGUGGGGUGGAUUCCCUCUCAAAAAGGAAAAUAAGGUGGAUAAAAUCGAAAAGGAAGGAUUCUCUGAUGUCCAGCCUUCUGCAUCGGAGAAUCACGUCGAGUUCGACGUUGCUACUCCUCCUCCUGCCGACAAGGUAGAUCGAUCGACCUCCCCGUCCAUCUCAUCAGGUUCUUCUACCCCUUUCACCGAUAUCGGAGCGUCAUACUAUUAUCAUUGCCAACAAGCAUUCAUUCUUGCUAUCAGUGGUGGUUUACUUGCUUCCUUUCCAGACUCACAGCAGCCCGUGGCAGGAGAAGAAGACGAAGAGGAAGGACCAUUUACGAUUCCUCCAGAGAUCGGCCGAAGUCUGUUCAUCGCCCUGAGCGUGACGAGGUGGGAAAAGGACCCCUCGAUCAUAUUGGAAAUUGGUUAUUGUGCCAUUUGGUGGGAGAAGGUUCCUGAUGAGCUCAAGAAGGAAGAUGGAAUGAAUCAUGAGGAAAUGAGGGAUAUGGGGCAUUUUAUUGUCCAAGAUCAUCUGUUACAAAAGAAAAACGGUGAAUCACAACCCGACUAUCGAGAUUCAUACCUCUUUGGCGACUCACUACCAAUCGAAGCGAGCAAGAUUCGCACGACUUUGAAAAAGAAAAUCAAGGAUCUCUCUACAAAGGCGGGAAAUGGACCGAUAUAUAUCGUGACGCACGUGUCAGAGGGAAAAGAACUCGACUUCAAGGAUAUCGGACUAGACGUGUCCUUGACUGAUGGUGAUUUACAACCUGAUGGAUGGGAAGUACCUCCUUACAUGUGUGCAGCAGGGUGCGGAUCGGUUUUCAUUAUUAACACGGCAAGUCUAUUCGGUUCAGUUGAGAAAGUACCGUCCGUACCAGUUGGAUCUCAUCAUUUUGCUGGUCGAACGAAGAAGACACUCGAGGCUACUGCUUUGACAAUGUUCGGUUCUGAUUCUAACAGGAGACCAGAUAAGUGUGGUAAUGCGGGUAACGACGCUUUUUACACACUUGCUAUCUUCGUUGAAAUAAUGACUGGUCCGACAUUACCUGAACUCCGAGCAGAUUAUCUGACCAACUGUCUUCCUUCUUCUCAUUCGAACGCCGAAUCCGCGAUUGAAGAAGGAGGGCCAGAAGAAGAGGUCAAAGUGGUCAGGACAGUAACCCUCACGCCUCUUGGUGAAGCAUCAACCACCGAACAAGGUGGGACCCCCGAGGUAGUAGCAGCAAGUGAGCGAUUAAAGGGGAUCAAAGUCGAAGAUGUUGAAGUAAAUUGUGAAGAUAACGAAUCUGAUGAUGAUGAAUUCAUGGAAGAUGAGAUGAUCAAUGGGAUCUUCUAUGAAGAUGAAGAUGGCAACUUACAUGAGUUAAGUGAUUAA